AUGAUAUUUUCUAACCAGCAGAUGAAUGCAUCCACACUGAGAAGUAAAAGGGAUUUAAUACAUGGGAACCCUGGCCCUGAAAAUUGGCAUUUAGGUGGUGAAGGGUUUUCAUUUACACAACCAGCAAGAUCGGGUAUGGUAUACUAUGUCUUUGAAAUCCGAAGACCACAAACAGCAGGAAAUACAAUGAGACCAGGACAAAAUAAUAAUGGAAAUCAUCAGCGAGAUCGAGAUGGUGAUAUUGAAAUGACUGAUUCAGAUAUUUCAAGGACAUUUCGGCGGACUAGAAGGUGA